AUGGCAAUCGUGUGGGCAGCGUUCCUCAUGCCCGUCUUCCUAUGUACGUGUUCCCAGCACAUUUAUGUGAAUGAAGACUCUGACUGCGCCAGAAAUGGAGAGGCAAUGGAACAAAUUAAAAAAAUUUGGAUGAAACUUGGGAGGAUCCAAGAGUCUGUCGAUCGCCUGGCUGUGGACAGUGAUGGGAAGGCUUCCGUGGAUGAUGUGGAUUCCCUGCGGCAUGAAGGUAACUUUAUUGCAUUUAAUGCAUUUCCAACUGGAUCACUUAACCUGAACAUAGGUUCUAACGUCAACGUUGUUUAUGACGGUGUAUAUUACAACUAUGGAAACGCCUACAACAAACAAACGGGUGUCUUCAUAGCGCCAUCUGACGGGCUUUACGUAUUUUCUUGGGCAAGUGUCGUGGAACCCAAAAAGAUGUUUGACUCGGAAAUCCUUCUCAAUGAUCAAAGAAAAGGAAUCGGAAACUGUAACAAUCUGAAAGGUCUAGGUUAUGAAAACUGCUCACGAACAUAUCCACUGGUUUUGAAAGCCGGGGAUAGAGUUAACAUCCGGACUGUAGGCGCAAACCACCUGGAGGGAGGAUGGUCCAGUUUUUCUGGAUUCAAAGUAUAA